UAAUUGCAACAACAAAUAUUACGGAAUUCCAUUUUCAAAAAGGUAAACUGAAAAGAAAAAAAGAUUUUUCUUCGUCAGUUCGUGCCACUUCUGUUUUAUUCUAGGUAAAGAGGGAAAUUUUGCUAUUCAGUAUGGAAAAUGGAUUGUGGACAUGCCGUAUGACUUAAGUUCUAUCAUGCAUUAUGGCCCGUAAGUUUGAACCUUGAGAAAUACAAUAUACCAUAUAAGGUCCUAUUAAAUAUGUUAACUUAAAUAUUUUGAUCAUAAUCAUUUCAAGGACAUGAAUCUUUUACUGAAACGCUAUACACCCUGUUUAUACCUAUAAGAUGACGCACCGCAGUGGUAUGUCAUUAAACUGAAUAAAAAAUACCGUAGCAUAAACGCACUCAUGUUCUUUUUUAUUUCUAUCCACACCCUUUUUUAUUCACACUACUUGAUUAUUUUUAUUCCAGCCCACAGAAGCAAAAAAAUUACUUUCUCGUUUCUGUCUGGCUAUGCUUAACUUCUAUGUGACAUCAAACGCCAGCAUGAUAUCAAAUUUGUCGUUGAUAAUCGUAGAGAUAUAAACCUUGCGUAAGUACGUCUUUGAAAUCAUCAGUCAUUUUUUUUAUUUUUUUCAACUUUCAGAAAGGCGUUCUCAAAAAACGGUUGAAAACAGUUAUUCCUAAAAAUCCAGAAUUCAAAUUGAAACAAACAACACAACUAAGUGAAAUUGAUAGGAAGCAAUUAAAGAUAUUAUAUUGUGGUGCAUCUCUGAUAUCUUUUACAUCAACAACUGCACCAGUAUCAGAAAACACAGUGAUCAUGGAAACUCAAACACAUCAAUUACUUGAAGAAACAACAACGAGAAGAGAGGGAACGAUAGCAACAUCAGCAGGAAUGACGCUAGCAACAACAUCAGCAGGAAUGACGCUAGCAACAACAUCAGCAGGAAUGACGCUAGCAACAACAUCAAAUAGGAGCAAUACAGAAAGUAAAACAAAUCCAAGUACAGCAACAGCAUUAAUAACAACAACAUCAACAACAACAACAACAACAAAACCAGAAAUAAAAAUAAGUUUUUUAUCUGCUAAAACAACAACUAGGAAAAGUACAACAACAGCAACAGAAAUGACCACAACAACAACAACAACAACAACAACAACAAAAGGUUGCGCAGACUUAUGGCCAAUAUCCAGCUGUAUAUUUUACAAACUUUAUUGUAACAUAUCUGAUAUUAUCAGGUUUAACUGUUGUAAUACCUGCAUACUAUAAGUAAGCGUGAACUGGC